AUGAACACGGAUAUUCCGAAUAUCUUACCCCAUGAGAGAGUCUUUCCCAUUCAGAUUGGAAGUGAACUGUUUCGAUUAAGUGGAGCUAGUAUAAGUUCUGAUGCACCUUCAUAUUUUUCACAAUUUUUUCAAUGCCAAUUGAAACAAGCGGAGGAAAAUGGAGACGACUCGAACUCAAUACGCACGUUAUAUAUCGAUCGAGAUCCGGUGACAUUCAAGGAUAUUUCGCUACAUUUACAGGGAUAUCAUGUUGCACCGAGAGAUGGAAGCCAUUUCGUCAAGCUAUUUGCUGAUGCACAAUUCUAUAGCUUACCAAGAUUAAUAUUCCAACUCUACGAAGAAAGUAUCUUCAUCUCAAUCGGCCAUCGAGAUUUCCAAAUCCCCAGAGAACUAUUUUCAGACCCAGGAAACUCGCCCAACUAUUUCUCCUUGGGCUUCGCUGUCUUCUUCAGCACACCCACCGAAGUCUUCCCGGGCCUGAGCAGAGAAGGACUCCUCCGCCCACCCUCAAUCAUGCCUCCAUCAGUACCUAAUCGCUCAGCCGACACAUUUGCUGAGCUCCUCCACCUCCUACGUGGCUAUCCCCUACACAUCAAAUCCGAAGACCACCGCGCAGAACUUCUUCGCGAUUGUCGCUAUUUCCAUCUCAAGGGCCUAGAACAGAAACUUAUCCGCCAUUCUAUAACUUUCAAUCUUGCUCGAAAACGGUCAGAAAUUGCUCUCAGGCUUGAAGAUGUCCGCCAAUCCGGCAUCUCAGUAGUCACUUUCCCAUCAGAUUCCGACUCCACUUCCCCACCUCCGGAUCCGGGACCAGCUACUCCUGUAUACAACGCUUCACAUUUCUCCCUCGCGUACGUAAACUACGCGCGACCAUUCGUCGACGAACAAUCCUACGAACUGGUCCUUGAAAUUGGAGACGAGUGCACACGUCUCCAUUUGUCAUCCAUGCGCUGCGAGUUCUUCGGAGACGGCAAAGCGAGGAUAUCCAAAUUAUUCGAUGUCAUUGCUACGAAGCUCAAUCUACCUAACAUUCUGCCAUUAGGAUUACUGAUGAAGAAGGGAGGAGCGAGUUCUCAGCCUCCUAGUCCGGGGAAUACACCUAUUAGCGAGGACUGGGUGAGAUGUGUGGUGGGUGAAGAGGCUUAUGUGAGGUUAGAUGGCAAAGAGUGGAGAGGUCAUGGAAAUCUUCCUGAAAGAGGGGAUGGAGACAGUGGAGGUAGUAAUGCCAGCUCGGUGAUAGGAGUCGAUGAAUCAUUUGGUGAGCCGUCCAGGAAGAGGAGGAGAGGACUUGAUGGUGGUGUAGCUGUUGGAGGCGGAGAUGAAAGGCAAUCUUGGGUGAUCAAGACGGGGCAAUGGAGGUUGAGGAUACAAAACUCGAGAAAUGGGCAUCGGGGAGUGGAAUGUUUGCUUGUUGCAGUCAAGUUGGAUGCUGUUAGUGGGGAGUUUGGGAGGAAUGCGCAGAGAGGGUUCCUUGGUGGUUGA